UCCAACAAGCUAGUAAAAUAUAUGGCCUAAUCCUCCAUUGAAGAUCUGAAACAGCAAAAAUGGCAACACCCAGCAAGCUAUACACAUUGUGUUCUCUACUAAUGGCAGCACUAUUUGCUUACUCAGCUGCUGUUCAGUUAAAUGACCCUGAUUGGUACUUUUGGUUUCUUCUUUAUGCUGUUGCUUGUGUUGUAAAUCUAGUGAACUGGGCUAUCACAUCCAAAAAAAUCAACCAAUUUGCUGAGGCAGCACUAUGGCUUGGAAUGUUUCUAUUUAUCAAGGUUCUAGCUGAAGAUUUUGUAAAUGGUAUAUCUGGGUUUUGGUCACUGGAUUUGAGUGAGAGAGUAAUCAGGGAGAAGAUAGGAAGUGGGUUAGUCAUAAUCUCUAUGGUUUUGCAGUUGAUGGCAUCAUUAUCAUCACCAGAAGCUCCCACACAGAAAAGGCCAAGAUAUCUUGAAUAUGGCAUGGGAAUCCUGGUGGGGUUUGGUUAUGCACUCCCAUUCGUCUUCUUUGUGGUCCUAAAAGGUGAAAUGAAGUUCUGAAAGCACAUAAUGCAUGAAGCACGAAACAAAAUGGAAUCUCUAGUGUGUUGUAUGGUCAUUGUUUGUACCGGGAAUGAACAGUUUACUGUCAUGAUUUUAGCUCCUUGUAAUAGCAGAAGGCGCCAACAAGUUAAAUUCCAGAAGGCCAGAAUUCAAAAACUUGUCCUUGAAUUUGAAACAUAGCUAAUCUAAACAUUUAGCUUGAAUGUUUCUACUUCAUUAGUCCAAUUGAGUAGUGAAAUAUUCUCAAA